UUCGAGUUUGUUAUUUCUUGUCCGUGGGUUACGUUUAGCGCUUACGCUCUGCUCUGCUCUCCGUCUGUUGAGCUUCGACCUUCGAGGGAUGAGGAAUCCAUUAAAAACGGAUAAUAUUAUAAAAAUAAGCAGCAUAUCCAUAUGAUUGAUUCGUCGUUCAUUCAGUACUAAAGCUGUUGCGUGUGAUGGCGUCUUAAGUUGCGUUUCAUAACCAUGCGAUCGAUUGAUUGAUCCAUCUUUGCUGUUGUUGGUGGUUGCGGUUGCUCAGCUCUUCUUCUGCUUCUUAUUUCUCAUUUACGACUUCUGCGGUUCUUCAGGUAAGGCAUGUGGAAUUUUGGGAGGAGAGGUAUCCACUACAUGCAAAAACUGAAUGCUGCAAACAUCCCUUCUGCUUUAUUAGAGAAGGGUCAGAAUCGUGUUAUAGAUGCUUCACUCACUCUGAUUCGUGAGAGAGCAAAACUUAAGGGAGAGCUGGUGCGGGCUUUAGGAGGUGCUGUGGCAUCAGCAUCACUCCUAGGAGUUCCAUUGGGACAUAACUCAUCUUUCCUUCAGGGUCCAGCAUUUGCUCCUCCACGGAUCAGGGAAGCUAUCUGGUGUGGCAGCACAAACUCUACAACUGAAGAAGGGAAAGAAUUAAAUGAUCCACGGGUGCUAACUGACGUUGGGGAUGUUCCUGUCCAAGAGAUUCGUGAUUGUGGUGUAGAUGAUGAUAGAUUAAUGAAUAUUAUAAGUGAUUCUGUGAAGCUGGUGAUGGAAGAAGAUCCACUACGCCCACUAGUUCUAGGUGGGGACCACUCAAUAUCUUUUCCUGUUGUAAGAGCUGUAUCAGAAAAGCUUGGUGGGCCUGUUGAUAUUCUUCAUUUAGAUGCUCAUCCUGAUAUUUAUCAUGCCUUCGAAGGAAACAAGUAUUCACAUGCUUCUCCUUUUGCCCGGAUAAUGGAGGGUGGUUAUGCUCGACGGCUUCUACAAGUUGGUAUUAGGUCAAUAACAAGAGAAGGGCGUGAACAAGGGAAAAAAUUUGGUGUGGAGCAAUAUGAAAUGCGAAACUUUUCAAGAGAUCGCCAUGUUUUGGAGAAUCUGAAACUUGGGGAGGGCGUGAAGGGGGUAUAUAUUUCAUUGGAUGUGGACUGCCUUGAUCCUGCGUUUGCUCCUGGGGUGUCGCACAUUGAGCCAGGAGGUCUUUCUUUCCGUGAUGUGCUAAACAUCAUCCACAAUCUCCAAGCUGAUAUUGUAGCUGCAGACGUUGUGGAGUUCAACCCACAGCGUGACACUGUUGAUGGAAUGACUGCAAUGGUUGCUGCAAAGCUGGUAAGAGAACUGACUGCAAAGAUAUCAAAAUGACUGGAGCCUUUCACUACGCCUUGACUGUAUCAGGCAUUUCUUCUUUUUGCUGCACCCUUUUUUUCCUGGUGCAACUGCGAAGUUCAAUUAGUGCCUCCAUCAGAUUCAGAUUAGACAUUUCUCCACCGGGUUUUAGAAGCUGAACUUGUAGCGUUGGGUUGGUGUCUAGUUGGUAUGAAAGCCUUUUUUUUCAUGGUGAUUUCUUCGUAAUAAUAAUAUGUAACAGUACUGGUAUUUGUAGAUUUUGGCUUAACAAGGCCUUAAAAAAAAAUGAGAGAAGGGGUAUUUUGUUGUGUA